AUGGCGGCCAACAUGUACCGAGUGGGGGAUUACGUCUAUUUUGAGAACUCCUCCAGCAAUCCUUACCUGGUUAGAAGGAUUGAAGAGCUCAACAAGACUGCAAAUGGAAACGUGGAGGCGAAGGUUGUGUGCCUUUUCCGGAGAAGGGACAUUUCUAGUAGCCUCAACAGCCUGGCUGAUAGUAAUGCCAGGGAGUUUGAGGAGGAAUCGAAGCAGCCAGGGGUGUCGGAACAGCAGCGACAUCAACUGAAGCACCGAGAGCUUUUUCUUUCUCGGCAAUUCGAAUCAUUACCAGCCACCCACAUAAGGGGGAAAUGCAGUGUGACCCUCUUGAAUGAAACAGAUAUCCUGAGCCAGUACCUGGAAAAGGAGGACUGCUUUUUUUACUCACUGGUGUUUGACCCUAUGCAGAAGACACUUCUAGCUGAUCAGGGAGAGAUCCGAGUUGGUUGCAAAUACCAAGCUGAGAUCCCAGAUCGCCUGGCAGAGGGAGAAUCUGAUAAUCGGAACCAACAGAAGAUGGAGAUGAAAGUCUGGGAUCCAGACAACCCUCUCACAGACCGGCAGAUUGAUCAGUUUCUCGUGGUGGCCCGAGCUGUGGGGACCUUCGCAAGAGCCCUAGAUUGCAGCAGCUCCAUUCGGCAGCCAAGCCUGCACAUGAGUGCAGCCGCUGCCUCCCGAGAUAUCACUCUGUUUCAUGCAAUGGAUACGUUGCAGAGGAAUGGCUAUGACCUGGCUAAGGCCAUGUCGACCCUGGUGCCCCAGGGCGGGCCAGUGUUGUGUCGGGAUGAGAUGGAGGAAUGGUCAGCCUCAGAGGCCAUGCUGUUUGAAGAGGCCCUGGAGAAGUACGGGAAGGAUUUCAAUGAUAUUCGCCAGGACUUUCUACCCUGGAAGUCACUGGCCAGCAUAGUUCAGUUUUAUUACAUGUGGAAAACCACAGACCGAUACAUUCAACAGAAAAGAUUGAAAGCUGCUGAAGCAGACAGCAAACUAAAACAAGUCUACAUCCCUACCUACACCAAACCAAACCCUAACCAGAUAAUCUCGGUGGGCUCAAAACCUGGCAUGAAUGGGGCUGGAUUCCAAAAGGGCCUGACUUGUGAGAGUUGCCACACCACACAGUCUGCCCAGUGGUACGCCUGGGGCCCACCCAACAUGCAGUGCCGCCUCUGUGCUUCCUGUUGGAUCUACUGGAAGAAGUACGGGGGACUGAAGACCCCAACUCAGCUUGAGGGGGCUGCUCGGGGCACCACAGAGCCACACUCGAGGGGUCAUUUGUCCAGACCGGAAGCCCAAAGUCUCUCCCCCUAUACAACCAGCGCCAACCGGGCCAAGCUGCUGGCUAAGAACAGGCAAACAUUCCUGCUCCAGACCACGAAGCUUACCCGUCUUGCCAGACGCAUGUGCAGGGACCUGUUACAGCCAAGGAGGGCUGCCCGACGACCCUAUGCCCCUAUCAAUGCCAACGCCAUCAAGGCAGAGUGCUCCAUUCGACUUCCUAAGGCUGCCAAGACUCCACUGAAGAUUCACCCUCUGGUGCGGCUGCCCCUGGCAACUAUCGUCAAAGAUCUGGUGGCCCAGGCACCUCUGAAACCAAAAACACCUCGGGGUACCAAGACACCGAUCAACAGAAAUCAGCUGACCCAGAACCGGGGACUGGGGGGCAUCAUGGUGAAACGGGCCUAUGAGACUAUGGCAGGAGUUCCUUUCUCUGCCAAUGGAAGGCCUCUGGCCUCAGGGAUUCGCUCAAGCUCACAGCCAGCAGCCAAGCGUCAGAAACUCAACCCAGCUGAUGCACCCAAUCCUGUGGUGUUUGUGGCCACGAAAGAUACCAGAGCCCUGCGGAAGGCUCUGACCCAUCUGGAAAUGCGGAGAGCUGCCCGCCGGCCCAAUCUGCCCUUGAAGGUGAAGCCACCACUGAUGGCAGUGCGGCCCCCUGGCCCUCUUCCUCCAUCAUCACAUCCUGCCAGCACCAACGAGCCCAUUGUCCUGGAAGAUUGA